AUGGGUUUAGGCAAGGCAGCAAAGCGGUUUUGGCGGAUACCCUUUAUCCUGCGAGAUUCAGAAGUACCUCCACCCAAGGAGUCGCUCGACGACGCAGACCUGAUACCAGAGGCGACUGCUGGAUGGUGGAGCAUCAUUACCUUCGGCUGGAUCACUGGGCUUCUUUCCCUCGGGUACGUCAGACCCCUCGAAGCACCAGAUCUUUACAAACUUCAAGACAAUCGUUCUGCUGCCGUGAUUGCCGACAAGAUCCUUGCAUCCUUCCAAAGACGCCGCGAUGAAGCAGAAGCCUACAAUGUGCGGCUUGCAAGCGGUGAGGUGCGACCAGGUUGGCGAUCGCUAUGGUGGGCUCUGCGGGGGAACAGAAGGGAGCGUGAACGACAGUGGCGAGAGAAGGGCGGGAAGAGAAAGGCCAGUCUAGCCCUCGCCAUGAACGACAGUGUCAAAUGGUGGUUUUGGACGGGCGGGCUUAUGAAACUUGUGGCCGAUGUCUCAACGAUCCUGAACCCGCUAGUGGCCCUCAUCAACUUUGCGACGGAGUCGUACAGCGCGCACAUCGCCGGCCAGUACGAGAAUAUACCGCCCAUAGGACGGGGCGUAGGCCUAGCAAUCGGCCUGCUCCUCAUGCAGGUGCUAACCUCCGUCUGUACGCAUCACUUCUUCUACCGAGCGACGUCCACGGGCGUACUCCUCCGUGGAGGGCUCAUUACGGCGAUAUAUGCGCGCUCUCUGCGAUUGACCACGCGUGCGCGCUCGACGCUGACGAACGGCAAGCUCGUGAAUCAUAUUUCGACGGACGUCUCGCGCAUCGAUUUCUGUUGUGGGUUCCUGCAGCUCGCGUUCACCGCGCCAGUGCAGCUGGUAAUCUGCCUCGUGAUCCUACUGGUGAACCUCGGGCCAUCCGCGCUCGCGGGUUUCGCGUUCUUUGUGUUCUGCACGCCCCUGCAGACGUACGCGAUGGGCCGGCUGAUGCGCAUCCGUAUGAAGAGCAUGGCGUGGACAGACAAGCGCUCGAAGAUGCUGCAGGAGCUCCUAGGCGGAAUGAAGAUCAUCAAAUAUUUCUCCUGGGAGGUGCCGUACCUAAGGCGCAUCGGAGAGCUGCGCUCCAAGGAGAUGGCGUACAUUCGGUCGCUGGUGCUCCUACGCUCCGCUAAUAAUGCUAUCGCAAUCUCGCUGCCGACUUUGGCCAGUGUGCUCUCGUUUAUUGUGUAUUCCCUGGCAGGCCAUUCGCUAGAUGCAGCCAACAUUUUCUCAUCUUUGACGCUGUUCAAUCUGCUACGCAUGCCUUUGAUGUUCUUGCCUUUGUCUCUGAGUGCCACUGUCGAUGCCCAGAACGCUAUAGAGCGACUGUACGCCGUCUUCGAGGCUGAGGUGAUCGAGGAGACACAGAUACAGGACCCUUUGUUGCCGGUUGCCGUGGAUGUUGUGCAGGCAGACUUCACGUGGGAGGGCCCGCCACCUGAGGAGACGAUGAAGAAAACUAAGAAGGGCAGCAAGAAGGCGAAAGAUGCAGCCGAGGAUACAGGGAGGACCGUAGAAGAGAAACACGCGGAGAAGAUAUUCGGCAUGAAGAAUGUCAACGUCCAGAUCCCGUUCGGACAGUUGACAGCCAUCGUCGGUCCGGUUGGAUCCGGCAAAACGUCCCUACUCGAAGGCCUGAUCGGGGAGAUGAGGAGGACCACCGGUUCUGUCAAAUUCAACGGAAGCAUUGCAUACUGCCCUCAGAGCGCCUGGAUCCAGAAUGCGACUGUACGAGAGAACAUCUGCUUCGGACGACCUUUUGACGAAAAGCGAUAUUGGAGGGCCGUUAGUGCUGCCUGUCUAGAGACUGAUCUCAGGCUACUGCCUCACGGUGAUCUCACCGAGGUGGGCGAAAGGGGCAUCUCGCUUUCUGGUGGUCAGAAGCAACGCGUCAAUAUUUGCCGCGCGAUUUACGUCGACGCAGACAUCCAGAUCUUCGACGAUCCCUUCUCCGCGCUCGACGCGCACGUCGGCAAGUCCGUAUUUCAGAACGUGUUCCUCGACGGUGCGCCAAACAAGACGCGCAUUCUCGUCACGCACGCGCUGCACUUCCUCCCACAGGUGGACUACAUCCACACGGUCGUGGCCGGGCGCCUCAGCGAGCAAGGCACGUACGCGGCGCUGAUGGCAUUGGAUGGCGACUUUUCGAAGUUCGCACGGGAGUUCGGCGCACGCGAGCAGGAGGAAGAGCAGGAGGAGGCAGUUGCAGACGAAAGUACGGAGAGCGACAAAAAGGAGAAGAAGACACCGAUAGCGGGCGCGACAAUGAUGCAGGCGGAGGAGAGGAAUACCGGGUCUGUCAGUACGGCAAUGUAUAAGCAGUACCUCAGCGCUGGAAAGGGAGCCAUCAUUGUGCCACUCCUCGUCACUUCCAUCGCACUUCUUCAAGGCGCACAAGUGAUGUCUUCCUACUGGCUGGUUUACUGGGAAGAGCGGAAAUGGCCCUAUGGGUCGGGCUUUUACAUGGGGAUAUACGCAGGUCUUGGUGUCUCGCAAGCCAUAUUCUUUUUCUUCAUGGGCGCCUUGUUUGCUCUGUUGACAUUCAGUGCAUCGAAGAAAUUACACAACGACGCACUCCUUCGCGUCAUGUAUGCGCCAAUGUCAUUCUUCGAGACCACGCCCCUCGGUCGUAUCAUGAAUCGGUUUGCCAAAGAUAUUGACACCAUCGACAACAUGCUCGGAGAUGCUAUGCGUAUGUUCAUGGCGACACUUGGGAACAUUCUCGGCGCAAUCAUUCUGAUUGCCAUCGUCCUGCCAUGGUUCCUCAUCGCCGUGGCUGCGGUCUCGGUAGGCUAUCUUUGGGCAGCCAUGUUUUACCGGGCGAGCGCUCGAGAGCUCAAGCGUUUAGACGCUAUACUACGGUCUUCGCUGUACAGCCAUUUCUCCGAAUCGCUGUCUGGUUUAGCUACCAUUCGCGCAUACGGCGAGACCGACCGCUUUUUACGUGAGAAUCGCAAGCGUGUCGAUAUUGAAAACCGUGCAUACUGGUUGACAGUUACCAAUCAGAGAUGGUUGGGAAUCCGUCUGGACUUCUUGGGCAUUCUUCUCACAUUUGUGGUCGCCAUUCUCACCGUUGGCACGCGAUUCAGCAUUUCGCCGUCGCAAACGGGUGUCGUCUUGAGUUACAUUAUCAGUGUGCAGCAGGCAUUUGGCUGGCUCGUACGUCAGAGUGCCGAAGUAGAGAACGACUUCAACAGCGUGGAACGCAUCAUCUACUACGCCAACGAGCUCGAGCAAGAGGCACCACACAGUCUGCCCGAUGCCGCGCCUCCUGCCCCUUGGCCCUCAGCUGGUGCCAUCGAGUUCAACAACAUUGUGCUUAAGUAUCGGCCCGAGUUGCCGGCCGUGCUCAAGAACCUGACAAUGUCCGUCCGACCUAGAGAGAAGAUAGGCAUCGUGGGACGUACCGGAGCUGGGAAAAGUUCAAUCAUGACUACACUGUACCGUCUCGUCGAGUUAACAUCAGGCUCGAUCGUGAUCGACGGGGUGGAUAUCUCCAAGAUAGGGCUUACCGAUCUUCGCCAGGGGCUUGCGAUCAUUCCUCAAGACCCGUUACUCUUCUCGGGCACGUUACGUAGCAACCUAGAUCCAUUCGGUCUUCACGACGACGCACGACUAUGGGAUGCACUGAAACGUGCAUACCUCGUUGAGGACCGCAAGCCAGACUCGCUCGACGGGGAAGAUUCGAAUGGGCAAGCCAGUCGCUUUACACUUGACAGCACGAUUGAGGACGAGGGAGGGAACCUGUCUAUUGGGCAGCGUUCGCUCGUCUCACUAGCCCGCGCUCUUGUGAAGGGUUCUAAAAUCCUAAUCCUGGACGAGGCAACAGCAUCUGUCGACUACGAGACGGACCGGAAAAUCCAAGACACGAUAGCCGUCGAGUUCCACGACCGAACCAUUUUGUGCAUAGCCCACCGCUUGAGAACGAUCAUCGGCUACGACCGGAUAUGCGUCAUGGACGCGGGUGGCAUCGCGGAGUACGAUACGCCUGAGACCCUGUACCAUCUGCCCGCCGGCAUCUUCCGCAGCAUGUGCGAGAGGUCUGCGAUUACCCUGGACGACAUUAGGUACGCGGCGAAGGCGCGGGUGAUCGAGAGCGACAGGCGGACGAUAGCUAGCCCGUCCGUGGCGAAGGAUUCCGAGGAGGGAGAGAAAUGUGGCGAUGUGUUCGUGCUCCCGGCAUGA